GUGCAAACGUUUAUUUUUUGCGCUUAUAUACAUUUUAUUGUAAUCUGUUUACUCGUAUAGUCGGUGCAUAAAAAACAUCACCAUGUCAAAUAUAACCGCUGCGGUAAUCGCUAACCGCAAUAAGAAACACUUUCUUGGUGUGCCGGCACCUCUUGGCUAUGUAGCCGGUGUAGGUCGUGGUGCAACUGGUUUCACCACUCGAUCAGAUAUUGGUCCAGCUCGAGAUGCCAAUGAUGUGUCAGAUGAUCGACACGCUCCACCAGCCACAAAGCGCAAGAAAAAAGACGAAGAGGAGGAGGAGGACGAGGACUUGAACGAUUCAAACUACGACGAAUUUAGCGGCUACAGUGGUUCGCUGUUCUCCAAAGAUCCCUAUGACAAAGAUGAUGAGGAAGCCGAUGCUAUUUAUGAUUCCAUAGACAAGCGAAUGGAUGAAAAACGUAAAGAGUAUCGCGACCGUCGCUUGCGCGAGGAUUUGGAACGCUAUCGUCAGGAGCGCCCCAAGAUACAGCAACAGUUCUCCGAUUUAAAGCGUUCACUGGCAACUGUCACAUCUGAGGAGUGGUCCACCAUACCUGAGGUGGGAGAUAGUCGCAAUCGCAAGCAGCGCAAUCCACGUGCCGAGAAGUUUACUCCGUUACCGGAUAGCGUGCUCUCACGAAACUUGGGUGGCGAAACAUCUUCUACAAUUGACGCCUCUUCCGGUCUGGCUUCUAUGAUGCCUGGAGUGGCCACUCCCGGCAUGUUAACUCCUACUGGCGAUUUGGAUUUAAGGAAAAUCGGCCAAGCGCGAAACACUCUUAUGAACGUAAAAUUGUCGCAAGUUUCUGAUUCGGUCACAGGCCAGACUGUAGUUGAUCCCAAAGGGUACUUAACUGACUUGCAGAGCAUGAUUCCGACUUAUGGCGGCGAUAUCAACGACAUAAAGAAGGCGCGUCUUCUAUUAAAGAGUGUACGCGAAACCAACCCCAAUCAUCCACCAGCUUGGAUUGCCUCAGCUCGUCUGGAGGAGGUCACGGGUAAAGUACAAAUGGCGCGAAACUUGAUAAUGCGUGGUUGCGAAAUGAAUCCACAAUCGGAGGAUCUGUGGUUGGAAGCGGCACGAUUGCAGCCACUGGAUACAGCCAAAGCUGUCAUUGCCCAGGCUGCGCGUCAUAUUCCCACAUCGGUGCGCAUUUGGAUUAAGGCGGCUGAUUUGGAAACAGAGACUAAAGCAAAGCGGCGGGUCUUUCGCAAAGCACUGGAGCACAUCCCAAAUUCUGUUCGCCUUUGGAAGGCUGCCGUUGAACUCGAAAAUCCGGAUGAUGCGCGUAUUUUGCUUUCGCGUGCUGUGGAGUGCUGCAACACUAGCGUAGAGCUGUGGUUGGCAUUGGCUCGCCUCGAGACUUACGAAAAUGCCCGAAAAGUUCUGAACAAGGCACGUGAAAAUAUACCUACAGAUCGUCAGAUUUGGACCACGGCCGCCAAGCUGGAAGAAGCUAAUGGCAACAUACACAUGGUCGAAAAAAUUAUUGAUCGGUCACUGACAUCACUCACAGCGAAUGGUGUUGAGAUCAAUCGCGAUCACUGGUUUCAGGAAGCAAUUGAAGCUGAGAAAUCGGGCGCCGUUAAUUGUUGCCAGGCUAUUGUAAAGGCCGUCAUAGGCAUUGGCGUAGAAGAGGAAGAUCGAAAGCAGACUUGGAUCGAUGAUGCCGAAUUUUGCGCCAAAGAGAGUGCCUUUGAAUGCGCUCGCGCUGUCUACGCGUAUGCCCUCCAAGCCUUUCCCUCGAAGAAGAGCAUUUGGCUUCGUGCGGCAUACUUUGAAAAAAAUCAUGGUACUCGCGAAUCACUGGAGGCACUUCUGCAACGCGCUGUCGCCCACUGCCCUAAAUCCGAGAUACUUUGGCUAAUGGGCGCCAAGUCCAAGUGGCUAGCAGGUGAUGUGCCUGCCGCACGUGGCAUUCUGUCGCUUGCUUUUCAGGCCAACCCCAAUUCGGAGGACAUUUGGUUAGCCGCUGUUAAACUGGAGUCGGAGAACGCGGAAUACGAACGAGCGCGUCGUCUUCUGGCUAAGGCUCGUGGUUCGGCGCCCACGCCUCGUGUCAUGAUGAAAUCGGCACGCCUAGAGUGGGCCUUGGAGCGUUUCGACGAAGCUUUGCGUUUGCUUGAAGAAGCCGUGGAAGUAUUUCCCGAUUUCCCCAAGUUGUGGAUGAUGAAAGGCCAGAUUGAGGAGCAGCAGCAACGCAUAGAAGAUGCGGCAGCCACUUAUACACAGGGAAUACGUAAGUGUCCCACCUCCAUACCGUUGUGGGUAUUGUCAGCCAGUCUGGAGGAGCGUAAAGGUGUGCUGACCAAAGCCCGAUCAAUUUUGGAACGCGGACGCUUGCGAAAUCCUAAAAUGUCUAUGUUGUGGUUGGAAGCCAUACGCGUGGAGCUACGUGCAGGUCUCAAGGAAAUUGCUAGCACGAUGAUGGCCCGUGCGCUACAGGAGUGCCCGAAUGCGGGUGAGCUAUGGGCGGAGGCUAUAUUCAUGGAGUCGAAACCACAACGCAAAACCAAAUCUGUGGAUGCGCUCAAAAAAUGUGAACACGAUCCUCAUGUUCUGUUGGCAGUUUCCAAGCUGUUCUGGUCGGAGCAUAAAUUCUCAAAGUGCCGCGAUUGGUUUAAUAGGACAGUUAAGAUCGAUCCAGAUUUGGGUGACGCUUGGGCCUAUUUCUAUAAAUUCGAGUUACUGCAUGGCACCGAAGCCCAGCAACAGGAAGUCCUAGAGCGCUGCAUUGCAGCGGAACCAACGCAUGGCGAGGCCUGGUGCAGAGUUAGCAAGAGCAUUAAGAACUGGCAGUUUAAAGGACCGGAUGUGCUGCGUGGUGUGGUCAAGGAGUUAUCUAUACCUGUUUAAAGUAAGGCUCAUUAACACAUAAGCUGCCCUCCAAUUUGGUGUCAAAAUGCUUCCGACACUUCCUAACGGACAAACAAUUUAAAAAGCUGGUUGACCCAUUAAAAGUAGUUUUUCAGUAAUUUAUGAACACAAAUUGUGUGUGUUGUCAUAAAUUGUAUAUAACAAUAAGAAAAUUAAACCAAUACAUCUCGAGCUAGAAUAAAAUGUAGAUAUAUGUAAUGAAUUGUAUAUCGUAUACCUGUUCCCUCAACGUCAUUCUACAAAUCGUCGAAUGGGUUGCAGCUAUGAUAUAUGUAGUGCACCAACUUCGAUUAGAAAUAAAAUAGUGCAACAUUAA